AAGUUGAGAGGCCAAGAAGUAACCCGCGUCAGCAGCCGUCCACCGCACCUCUCACCACCUGUGUACCUGGCAAGACACGCGCGGCAAGGGGACUGUCACAGUACCGCAGAGGACGAAAACAAGACUUGAUAAAUGAUACGAGGACGAAGGACGACACAUUAAUACCGUUAGCCCAAAGUGGUCGAAAUCCUGGAGAGAAUGAACACUAUAUUUUUGUUGACCUUUUCUGGACCUCGAUAAGGUGUUUGACAGUGUUGAAAGACUUGGACAAAAACCUCAGACUUGAAGUUCGUAAGAUGGUGGUAAAAGGAAUUUAAUUGGUUAAAAACGUUGCUUUAUUGUUGUUGCCCAUAGUGUUCUUUCCCGUGGUGGUUUUCUGCGUGCUUGGUUUCUGAGACUUUCAACUCUGGACUAAACCAUGUCAUUACCAGGCAUGGGUAGGGACCAGGAGAGUCUGUGUUCGCUCUUUCACGCUUGUGAUGUGGAUCAUUCUGGGCAGAUUGAAAAAUACGAGUUUAUCAAAAUCUGCUCAGAGCUCAAUGUUCCACCGACGGAGAGAGAGCACAUAUUCUCUAAACUGGACACCGACAGAGACGGGACUAUCAAUCUGGCGGAGUUCAUUAGUGGAUUCCUCGGGAUCUCGGAGCAAGUGUAUUGUGGGAACAUGGAGAGCGAGAGCUGGGAAGUCUCUUCUCCGGCCUGGGAAGAUUUCCAGACCCGACUGGGGGACCAUGCCAAGUUCAUACCCAGGAGGACCAAUAGAAAUGCAGCAACCUAACCCGAAAGAAUGAACGAAAGAAAGAAAGAGAAAAAGAAAGGAAGGAGUGAAAGGAAUGAGCAGGCAGCCACGUUGUACCAGAACAUCAGCAUGGCAGAGCCCAGGAUGGUGCCUCAGUAUGAGAGAGUCAUCAUGAGUUUCACCAGAGAGAUCAAACAGCACAACGCUGAGAUGGAGAACCUGGCCCUGGCUGUGAAACGGGCCCAGGACAAGGCCUCCAUGCAACUCAGUGAGAUGGAAGAGGAGAUGGAUCAACGCAUCCAUACAGCCGAGAACAACACAAGGCUUCAGGAAGCCAAGAGGGCCGAGGCAGCUCUAAGUGAGCUGAAGAGACACUAUGAGUCCGAGGUGUGUGAGCUGCAGCACAAGGUCCAGAAGAUGAAGCUGAUUGAAGACCAGUACAAGAACAUCAACAUGAAAGACGAGUCUUCAACCCUGAAGAGGAAGAUCAACGAACUGACUCUGGAAAACCAGAGGUUGAAGCAGGAGUUGAUGCAGUCCCACACUAACAUAGCCUUCCUGCAGAGUGAACUGGACUCUCUGAAGAGUGACCUGACAGACCACAGCAUCAACUCGGAGGGAUACGAGGCGAUGAUGAGAGAGUUCUCUGAUGAGAGGGAUAACCUGGAGCGACAGAUAGAGAUCCUACAGGCAGCCAACAGGAAGCUUAAUGACAGUAACGAUGGGCUGCUCAGGUCCCUUGAGAACAGCCUCAGCAAGAGCAACAAGCGUGAUAGCAGUGCUUCCCCAGCCAGCAUCAUUAGCAGGAGGAGCAGGAACAACUGUUUCUCAUCCCCAUACUUGGACAGGUUCUACCAGGGUGUGGAGGAUGUUGAUGAGGAUGAGGACCCACUGGGAGGCCUGUUUGGGGGUGGUGGUAGGGGCUCCCUGGGGUGUCGGAGGCCCGGUCUGGACACGCUAGCUCUGGCUCUGUGCGACCCGGGCAUGCAGCGCAGACGUAGCUACGAGGUGGACAGCCUGCCCGAGAGCUGCCUAGACAGCGGCAUGUCCACGCUGCGCGGCUCCAACUACGGAUAUGACUCUGAGCAGGAGGUCAAAGGGCACGAGGAGGAGGAGGAGGAGGAGGAGGAGGAGGGACAGAGGGUGGCCAGGAUCACAGAUGGCCUGACGGAAGACAACUCUGACAACGACAUUGCAGAGGUGCGGAACAAGAUGGUGUUCGGAUCAGACAAUGGUUCUGUCCUGGACUGGAAACCCUUGGAUCCAGUCAGCCAGAACAGCUCGGGAGCGUCCACACGCAAAGCCCUGUCCGCCAUCACCAAUGAGGCAAAGGAGAAGGAGUCAGCUGACCUGGGAUAUAUGACAUCAGAGAAGGCCUACCGGGUGGUGUUGGCAGGUGACGCGGCGGUGGGCAAGUCCAGCUUCCUGCUCCGCCUCUGCAAGAACGAGUUUCGAGGAAACACCAGCGCCACCCUGGGGGUGGACUUUCAGAUGAAGACUCUGGUAGUGGAUGGAGAGCCUACCCUACUACAGCUAUGGGACACAGCAGGCCAGGAGAGGUUCCGCAGCAUUGCUAAGUCCUACUUCAGACGAGCCGAUGGCGUCCUCCUGCUGUAUGAUGUCACCUGUGAAAAGAGCUUCCUCAACGUCCGAGAGUGGGUGGACAUGAUCGAGGACGUGUCCCAGGACGACAUCCCCAUCAUGCUGGUGGGGAAUAAGAGUGACCUGAGAGAGCAGGCUCUGCAGGAUGGGAUCACCUGUGUCUCCACCAGCUACGGAGAGAAACUGGCCAUGACGUAUAACGCCCUCUUCUGUGAGACCAGUGCCAAAGACGGCUCCAAUGUCAUAGAGGCUGUGCUGCAUCUGGCCAGAGAGGUGACCAAGCAGGUUCAUGGGGCUGAGGACCAGGAGUCUAUGACUAACCUCCUUAGAAAUCCCAACAAGAAGAUGCCCACCGUCACCUGCUGCACAGGAUAAGAUACCGAACGAAACGCUACUAGAGUAACCAAAACUCACCACAUAAGGAACCGCAUCAACAGAACACCACAAUACUAGAACACUGUGUCCUACAGCAGAACAAGAGAACAAUGGGACUUGAGAAGAAAACAGGAGAAUCUGAUCAGAACACUAGAACCACAGGACAGCUGAUUUUCUCAUAUAACAUCAACUGUACUGCUUAAUGCUAUAGGAUAACUCAUAUUGAGCUGUUUAUAAAGACAGCUAAUGCCUGUGUGUGUGUGUGUGUGUGUGUGUGUGUGUGUGUGUGUGUGUGUGUGUGUGUGUGUGUGUGUGUGUGUGUGUGUGUGUGUGUGAUUAUGUGCUUGCAUGAAUGCUUGGGUGCUUGUGUUAUAUGCAGACGUCAUUCACAUCCUGGUUAGUAGUGAAAUCUAAUCUCCUAUGUUGUUGAUUGUGUCUUAUGAAACCUCCAUGUGUACCCAAUAGUCAUGCAUUUGAAGUCAGAAGUUUACAUACACUUAGGCUGGAGUCAUUAAAACUCGUUUUUCAACCUCU